GAUCGGGCCGGCCUGGGUAGCUCCUCCUGAAAACUGGCUUCUCUUCUUUGAAGACAUGAGCGACUGCUUGUCUUUGAAGAAACUAUAAAGCUAUAUUUCCAUGCGCUGUGACCUGUUUUUUCCCUUGCUUUUAUUGUAAAUGCCAGUUUUAAUGGAUGUUUCUUUUAUUUCUUCCCUUUGGAGGACAAGAAAUUAGUCUAGAUGCAGUAAAUUGGAAGAAAUGGAAGAAAGGAAAAUCAAGAGGAGGAGCCCCAAAUCAUCUACCAGUCACCCUGCUCAGGUUGCUAACUCCAAGAAAAACUCGGUGCCAGUCAGUAAAAGUACAGCCUUUUCGAAUCCUGCACCGCAGCCUGCAGUACAAAAACCAAAGUUAAAACGCGUAAUAAAAGAGAAAGCCAAACCUCCAGGAGGUGAAGCAAAAGGGGCACAGGCAGCACCAAUCCAGCAUUCUUUUCUCACAGAUGUAUCAGAUGUCCAGGAAAUGGAAAGGGGACUUCUGAGUCUCCUGAAUGACUUCCACUCUGGCAAACUUCAAGCGUUUGGAAAUGAAUGUUCCAUAGAGCAGAUGGAGCAUGUGCGGAGUAUGCAGGAGAAACUUGCUCGCCUCAAUCUGGAGCUGUAUGGGGAGCUGGAAGAACUCCCUGAAGAUAAAAGGAAACUAGCCAGUGACUCCAACCUGGAUAGGCUGCUGUCAGAUCUAGAAGAACUGAAUUCAUCUAUCCAAAAACUACAUUUAGCAGAUGCUCAAGAUAUUCCAAAUAGUGCCACGGGCUGAAAGAACAGCUUUGUCAGUGUGGAUUCUCCCAGCAGCUUUUCUUUUGUUUUUCCUGACAGUAGAAUCUGGAACAGUCGUGGUUUUGUGUGUUUGGGGUUUGUUUGUUUUUUUUUUAAUUUUACACAAUGAAGAAUUGGAGUGCAAAUCCAGACGCUUAUUUUUGCACAUUCCCCUUUGAGCACUGUGUUAUGUCAGGACUCAGUAUUUAGAGUUUUAAGUAGGUUCUUGUGACGCUAUGCUUUUUAUUAUUGCCUUUUAUUUAACAGAAAAUUGGGGAAACUUAGAAGUACAUUUCUUCUGCUCAGUGCUGUUCAUAUGGUUGAAAAUGAUAUAUGUAUAUAAGUUCAGUAGCAUUUCCCCAGUUUUUAUGAAGGUAGUGAUGAUGUUGCCUUUCUGAUCAGUGUGUUGACAAUCUGUACACCAUAGCUUUAGUGUUUUCUUGAUCAGUGAUGCCACAGAUUAAUUUAUUGUUAAUAAAGUAAAACAUUUUCAAUGUAUGAUGUUUCAUUU